GCGCCGGGCGCGGAGGUUUUUGUACAGUUUCCUGGGAUCCAGCCCGGCAGGAUGGCCGAUGAAGGAGCCGUCGCCGUCGCCGUCUGCGUGCGGGUUCGGCCGCUCAACAGCAGAGAAGAGGCGCUUGGAAAAGAUACUCAAGUUUACUGGAAAACUGACAAUAAUACAAUUUAUCAAGUUGAUGGGAGUAAAUCCUUCAAUUUUGAUCGUGUCUUUCAUAGUAAUGAAACUACUAAAAAUGUGUAUGAAGAAAUAGCAGUACCAAUCAUAGAUUCUGCCAUACAAGGCUACAAUGGUACUAUAUUUGCCUAUGGGCAGACUGCAUCAGGAAAAACAUAUACUAUGUUGGGGUCACAAGAUUAUUUGGGAGUAAUACCCAGGGCAAUUCAUGACAUUUUCCAAAAAAUUAAGAAGUUUCCUGAUAGGGAAUUUCUUUUACGUGUGUCUUACAUGGAGAUAUACAAUGAAACCAUUACAGACUUACUCUGUGACACUGAGAAAAUGAAGCCUUUAAUAAUUCGGGAAGACUUCAAUAGGAAUGUGUAUGUGGCUGAUCUCACAGAAGAAGUUGUUUAUACAUCAGAAAUGGCUUUGAAGUGGAUCACAAAAGGAGAGAAGAACAGGCAUUAUGGAAUUACAAAAAUGAAUCAAAGAAGUAGUCGUUCUCAUACCAUUUUUAGGAUGAUUUUGGAAAGUAGAGAGAAAGGUGAACCUAAUUUUGAAGGAUCUGUCAAGGUGUCCCAUUUGAAUUUGGUUGAUCUUGCUGGCAGUGAAAGAGCUGCUCAAACAGGUGCUGAAGGUUUGCGACUCAAAGAAGGCUGUAAUAUAAAUCGAAGCUUAUUUAUUUUGGGACAAGUGAUCAAGAAACUUAGUGAUGGACAAGUUGGUGGUUUCAUAAAUUAUCGAGAUAGCAAAUUAACACGAAUUCUCCAGAAUUCCUUGGGAGGAAAUGCAAAAACACGUAUUAUCUGCACAAUUACUCCAGUGUCUUUUGAUGAAACUCUUACUACUCUCCAGUUUGCCAGCACUGCUAAACAUAUGAAGAAUACUCCUUACGUUAAUGAGGUAUCAAAUGAUGAAGCUCUCCUGAAAAGAUACAGAAAAGAAAUAAUGGAUCUUAAAAAGCAAUUAGAGGAGGUUUCUUUAGAGACUCGAGCCCAGGCAAUGGAAAAAGACCAAAUGGCACAACUUUUGGAAGAAAAAGAUUUACUUCAAAAAGUGCAGAUUGAGAAAAUUCAAAACUUAACACGGAUGCUGGUGACCUCUUCUUCCCUCACAUCACAACAGGAAUUAAAGGCUAAAAAAAAACGAAGAGUUACUUGGUGCCUUGGCAAAAUUAACAAAAUGAAAGACUCAAACUAUGUAAAUGAAUUCAAUAUGCCAGUGAAUGUAACAACAAAAACACAUAAGGCUGCUGUAACUUUAGGAGAAAUUGAUGAAUCUGUCUGUUCAGAGUCUGAUAUUUUCAGUAACACUCUUGAUACAUUAACUGAGAUAGAGUGGAAUCCAGCAACAAAGCUACUAAGUCAGGAAAACUUAGAAAGUGAAUUGAGUUCACUUCGUGCAAACUAUGAUAAUCUGGUGUUAGACUAUGAACAACUAAGAAGAGAAAAUGAAGAAAUGGAAUUGAAAUUAAAAGAAAAGAAUGAUUUGGAUGAAUUUGAGGCUCUAGAAAGAAAAGCAGAGAAAGAUCAAGAGAUGCAACUAAUUCAUGAAAUUUCCAACUUAAAGAAUUUAGUUAAGCAUGCAGAAGUGUAUAAUCAAGAUCUUGAGGAUGUACUAAGUUCAAAAGUAGAGCUGCUUAGAGAAAAGGAAGACCAGAUUAAGAAGCUACAGAAAUACAUAGACUCUCAGAAGUCAGAAAGUAUGGAAAUGGACUUGCCAUACUCAUCGGAAAACACUGAAGACUUAAAACAAAUGAAACAGACUCUGCUUGAUGCUGAAACUGUAGCUCUUGAUGCCAAGAGAGAAUCAGCCUUUCUCAGAAGUGAAAAUCUAAAGGUGAAAGAAAAAAUGAAAGAACUUGCAAGUACAUGCAAGCAAAUGGAAAAUGAUAUUGAGUUAUAUCAAAGCCAGUUGGAGGCAAAAAAGAAAAUGCAAGUUGAUCUGGAGAAAGAAUUACAAUCUUCUUUUAAUGAAAUAACAAAACUCACCUCCCUUAUAGAUGGCAAAGUUCCAAAAGAUUUACUGUCUAAUAUGGAAUUGGAAAGGAAAAUUACCCAUCUCCAGAAAGCACUGAAUAAGGAAGUCGAAGAAAAUGAAGCUUUGCACAAAGAAGUUAGUUUGCUCUCAGAACUGAAAUCUUUACCUUCAGAAGUAGAAAUGCUAAGGAAGGAGAUACAUGAUAAAUCUGAAGAGCUCUGUAUAAUAACAUCGGAAAAAGAUAAAUUGUUUUCUGAAGUAGCUCAUAAGGAAAGUAGAAUUCAAGAUUUACUUGAAGAAAUUGGGAAAACUAAACAUGACCUAGCAACUUCCCAGGUGAAUUAUGAAAGCACUGAUCAAGAAUUCCAAGAUGUUAAAAAUCAUCAUAUUGAAUUUGAGCAAAAGUAUAAGAUGGUCCUUGAAGAGAAUGCAAAAUUGAAACAGGAAAUAGGAAAUCUCUCUAAAGAAGCUCAAGAACCUGGUUUAAAUUUGGAUGCUUUGAAGACAGAGCUCUCUCACAAAACCCAAGAACUUCAGCAGAAAACAACUGAGAAUCAAAAAAGGUUAAAAGAAGUGGAAGAGCUGAAGGAACAAUUAGAAAGUAGAGAUUCUAGGCUUCACACUGUAGAAAAGGAGAAAACACUGCUUACUGAGAAACUUCAACAAACCUUAGUAGAAGUAAAAACCUUAACCCAAGAAAAGGAUGAUCAAAAACAACUCCAAGAGAGCCUGCAAAUUGAGAGGGACCAACUCAAAAGUGACAUUCAGGAUACUAUAAACAUGAAUAUAGACACCCAGGAACAACUACGAAAUGCUCUUGAGUCUUUGAAACAACACCAAGAAACGAUUAACACACUAAAAAUGAAAAUUUCUGAGGAAACUUCCAAGAAUUUGCAUAUAGAGGACAACUUAGGAGAAACUGAGGAUGAAUUUCAGGAGAAGAUGGUUGGCAUAGAUAAAAAACAAAAUUUGGAAGCCAAAAAAACCCAAGCACUGAUUGCAGAUGUUGAGGAUAAUGAGCUAAUUGAGCAACAGAGAAAGAUAUCUUCUUUAAUACAGGAGAAAAAUGAACUGCAACAAAUGUUAGAGAGUAUUACAGCAGAAAAGGAACAACUGAAGACUGACCUAAGGGAAAGCAUUGAAAUGACCAUUGAAAACCAGGAAGAAUUAAGAAUUCUUGGAAAUGAACUUAAAAAGCAACAAGAGAUAGUUGCACAAGAAAAAAGCCAUACCAUAAAGAAAGAAGAAGAGCUUUCUAGGACCUGUGAAAAACUGGCAGAAGUUGAAGAAAAGCUGAAGGAAAAGAGCCAACAACUCCAAGAAAAACAGCAACAACUUCUUAGUGUACAAGAAGAGAUGACCGAGAUUCAGAAAAAGAUGAAUGAAAUGGAAAAUUUAAAGAAUGAACUAAAGAACCAAGAAUUAACAUUGGAACGUAUAAAAAUUGAGAGGCUAGAGUUGGUUCAGAAACUUCAUGAAAAUUCUGAGGAAAUGAAAUUCAUAACCAAAGAAAGAAAUGAUCUAAAGGAAUUACAGGAGUCAUUUGAAAUAGAAAGAAAUAAGCUUAAAGGACACAUAAGAGAAAUUGAAGCUACAGGUCUAGAAACAAAAGAAGAACUAAAAGUGGCCCACAUGCUUCUAAAAGAGCACCAAGAAACUGUUGAAGAACUAAGAAGAAACAUUUGUGAGAAGACAGCUCAAAUAAUAAAUAUUCAGAAGAACUUAGAGAAAUCCAAUACUGAAUUGCAAGAAAAGGUCCCAGUGCUUCAUGAGGAACAGGAGCUACUUGCUAAUGUGAAAGAAGUCAGUGAUAUUCAGGAAACAAUGGAUGAACCAGAGCUAUUGAAAGAACAAUCCAAAACCAAGGAUUCAAAAACACUGGCAAGUGCAGAAAUGGAAAGUCUCAGGUUGACUGAAAAACUUCAAGAAAGUCACGAAGAAAUAAAAUCUCUCACUAAGGAAAGAGACGAUCUUAAAAUGACAAAAGAAGCACUUCAGGUUGAAUGUGACCAACUGAAAGAAGAAAUUAGAGAAACUUUGACUAAAAUUCAAGCAUCUCAAGAGGAACAGUCCUUCCAUAUGAAAGAAAAAGACAAUGAGACUAAGAAAAUAAUGAGUGAGAUGGAGCAAUUGAAGGAGCAAUUCAAAGUCAAAGACUCAGCACUACUAAGGCUAGAAAUGGAAAAGCUUGAGUGGUCUGAGAGACUUCAAGAAAGUCAUGAUGAAGUGAAAUCUAUAGCUAAGGAGAGAGAUGACCUACAGAGGCUACAAGAAGUUCUUCAAUCUGAAAGGAACCAACUCCAAGAAAACAUAAGAGAAAUGGCAGCUAAACACCUAGAAACCAAAGAGGAACUUGAAGUUGCUCAUUGUCACCUAAAAGAACAGGAGGAAACUAUUGGUAAAUUGAGAGUGGAUCUUUCAGAGAGGGAAACUGAAAUAUCAAGCAUUCAACAGGAAUUAGAAACAACAAAUGAUGAAUUACAGAAAAAGACCCAAGAGCUUCAUGAGAAACAGAAACAAUUGAUUACCAUAAAAGAAAGCAGUGAAACUCAGGAAAAAAUGAGUGAACUGGAACAGUUAAAGGAACAUCUCAAAGCCAAAGAUUCAUCACUACAAAGAAUAGAAAGCGAGAGGCUCAAGUUGACUGAGAAACUUCAGGCAAGUCAAGAAGAAAUAAAAACCAUAAUUAAGGAAAGAGAUGAUCUGGAAAGGGUGCAGGAAGUCCUUCAAAAGGAAAGAGACCAACUCAAAGAAAACAUUAAAGAAAUUGUAGCUGAAGGACAGAAAGUCAAAGAGGAACUAAAAGCUACUUACAUUCUUCUGAAGGAGUACCAAGAAACCAUUAAUACAAGGAAUAGUUCAGAGAAGACAGAUCAAGGAGCAAAUAUUCAGAGAGACUUAGAAAUUUCAGAUACUGAAUUACAGGCAAAGAUUCAAGAACUUCAAGAAGAAGAACAUCAACUUCUUAAGAUGAAAGAUGUCAGUGAGACUCAGGAAAAAAUAUGUGAAAUGGGAAACUUGAAGAAGCAACUUGAGGCCCAAAAGUCAACCCUGGAAAAUACAGAAUUGGAGAACAUAAGGUUAACUCAGAGACUCCAUGAAAAUCUUGAAGAAGUAAGAUCUGUUACAAAAGAAAGAGAUGACCUUAGGAGUGUGGAGGAGACUCUCAAAGUAGAGAUAGACCAGCUCAAGGAAAACCUAAGAGAAACCACAAUUAGAGACUUGGGAAAACAAGAGGAACUAAGAAUUGCCCAAAUGAAUCUGAAAGAGCACCAAGAAACCAUCGAUAAACUCAGAGGAAUUGUUUCAGAGAAGACAGAUGAGAUAUCAAAUAUUCAAAAGGCUUUAGAAAACACAAAUACUGCCUUAAAAGCACAGAUCCAAGAACUUCAGGAGAAGGAACGUCAACUUCUUAAGGUAAAAACUGAUCUCAGGGAAAAUACAUAUCAAACAGAGCAGUUGAAGAAGCAAUUAGAGGCCCAGAAUUCAACCCUGGAAAGCAUAGAAACAGAGAAGUUAAGGUUGACUCAGAAACUUCAAGAAAACCUUGAAGAAAUAAAAUCUGUUACUAAGGAAAGAGAUGACCUAAGAAGAAUGGAGCGAACCCUCAAAAUGGAGCAAGACCAGCUCAGUGAAAUCCUCAGAGAAACAAAAGCUAAAGACCUUGGAAAACAAGAGGAACUAAGAAUUGCUCACAUGCAUCUGAAAGAUCACCAGGAAAUUAUUGAUAAACUCAGAAGGAUUGUUUGUGAGAAGACAGAAGAAAUAUCAAAUAUGCAAAUGGAUUUAGAAAAUUCAAAUGCUAAAUUACAAGAAAAGGUCCAAGAACUUAAAGCAAAUGAACAUCAACUUUUUAAGUUAAAAGAAGAGGUUAGUGAGACACAGAAAAAAAUAUGCGGCCUAGAGCGACUGAAGAAAGAAUUCAAGGCCCAAAGUUUAACUCUGGAUAAAAUAGAAAUGGAGAACUUAAAUUUGGCUCAGAAACUUCAUGAAAACCUUGAAGAAAUGAAAUCUGUAAUGAAAGAAAGAGAUAACCUAAGGAGAGUAGAAGAGACUCUGAAACUGGAGAGAGACCUACUCAAGGCAGACCUGCAAGAAGCCAUAGCUAGAGAUCUGGAAACACAAGAGCAACUAAAAAUUGCCCAUAUGCAUUUGAAAGAACACCAAGAAACUAUUGAUAAAUUCAGAGAGAAAGUUUCAGAAAAGACACCUCAGAUUUCAAAUAUUCAGAAGGAUUUAAAUAAAUCAAAAGACAAAUUACCGAGAAAGAUACCAGAACUUCAGAGAAAAGAGCUUCAACUUGUUAGAAUGGAAGAAGAUGUCAAUAAAACUCAUAAAAAAGUGAAUGAAAUGGAAGAAUUGAAGAAGCAAUUUGAUGCCCAAAAUUUAUCUGUGCAAAAUGUGGCAAUGGAUAACUUACACUUGACCAAGAAACUGUAUGAAAACCUUGAAGAAAUAAGAAUUGUAGCUAAGGAAAGAGAUGAGCUAAAGAGAAUAAAAGAGUCUCUCAAAAUGGAAAGAGACCAAUUCAGAGAAACAUUGAGAGAAAUGAUAGCUAGAGAUCAACAGAACCACGGAGAGGUAGUAAAAUAUGAAAAAAAAAUACUGUGUGAUGGAAACCAACACCUUAUAGAAAGCCUGAGAGAAAAGUGCUUCAGGAUAAAAGAGCUUCUUAAGAGAUACUCAGAGAUGGAUAAUCAUUAUGAGUGCUUAAAUAGAUUGUCUCUUGACUUGAAGAAGGAAAUCGAAACACAAAAAGAGCUUUCAAUUAGAGUAAAAGCAAACCUCGCACUUCCAUGUCCACAAAGCAAGCAAAUUCAAAAACUUCUCACUGCAAACCAAAGGUGUUCCAUGGAAUUUCAUAGAGUCAUGAAGAAACUUCAGUAUGUGUUAAGCCAUGUUACAAAGAUAAAGGAAGAACAACAUGAAUCCAUCAAUAAACUUGAAAUGGCUUUUAUUGAUGAAGUGGAAAAGCAAAAUGAACUGCUAAUUAAAAUACAGCACCUUCAACAAGAUUAUGAUGUACCGCCCAGAGAAUCAAGGGACCUCAAAUUGAGCCAGAGUAUGGAUCUGCAUAUUGAGGAAAUUCUCAAGGAUUUUUCAGAAAGUGAUUGCCAUAGCAUAGAGACUGAAUUUCAGCAAGUACUAAGUAAUAGAAAAGAAAUGACCCGGUUUUUGGAAGAGUGGUUGAAUGCUCAUUUUGAUAUAGAAAAGCUUAAAAAUGGCAUCCAGAAAGAAACUGAUAGUAUUUUUCAAGUGAAUAACUUCUAUAAUAACAAAAUAAUUGCUAUAAUGAAUGAAUCAACAGAAUUCGAAGAAAGAAAUGCCACCAUAGCCAAAGAAUGGGAACAUGAUCUGAAAUCAAUGAAGGAGAACAAUGAAAAACUGUUUAAAAACUACCAAACUUUGAAGAUCUCCCUGACCUCUGGUCCCCUUGUUAAUCCUACUACACAAGACAAUAAAAAUCUUCAUGUUACAUCAAGAACUACACAACAAGCCACAGAGAAAACUCAAGAGCUGGAAACGUCACUCCAUGAAGCUAAAGAAAGCGCUAUGCAUGAGGAAGGCAAGAUUAUAAAGAUGCAGAAAGAACUUGAGAUGACUAAUGACAUAAUAGCAAAACUUCAAGGGCAAGUUAAUGAAUCAAAUGAUUGCCUUGAAAAAACAAAAGAAAUGAUCCAAAUACUUCAGGACAAAGUGGCUUUAGGAGCUAAGCCCUAUAAAGAAGAAAUUGAGGAGCUCAAAACGAAGCUGGUGAAAAUAAACCUAGAGAAGAUGAAAAACGCCAAGGAUUUUGAAAAGGAAAUCGCUUCGACAAAAGCCACCGUGGAAUAUCAAAAAGAAGUUAUAAGGCUAUUGAGAGAAAAUCUUAGAAGAAAUCAACAGGCCCAAGAUACCUCAAUGGUAUCAGAACAUGCUGAUCCUCAGCCUUCAAAUAAACCCUUCACCUGUGGGGGUGGCAGUGGCAUUGUACAAAGCACGAAAGCUCUUAUCCUGAAGAGUGAGUAUAUACGGCUGGAAAAGGAAGUUUCCAAGUUAAAGCAGCAAAAUGAACAGCUAAUAAAGCAAAAGAAUGAGCUGUUAAGCAAUAAUCAGCAUCUUUACAAUGAGGUCAAAACGUGGAAGGAGAGAACCCUUAAAAGAGAGGCUCACAAAGAAGUAACUUGUGAGAAUUCUCCAAAGUCUCCUAAAGUGACUGGAACAGCCUCUAAAAAGAGACAACAUAUGUCAUCUCAGUGCAAGGAAAGGAAUUUACAAGAUCCUGUGCCGAAGGAGUCGCCAAAGUCUUGGUUUUUUGAUAGCCGAUCAAAGUCUUUGCCAGUACCUUCUCCGGUUCACUAUUUUGAUAACUCAAGUUUAGGCCUUUGCCCAGUAGAACAAAUUGCUGGAGCAGAGACUGUGGAUCCCCAGCCAGGUCCUUGGCAUGCCUCCUCUGGAAAAGAUGUGCCCGAGUGCAAGACUCAGUAGAUUACUCUCUGUCACUUUUCUGGGGGCCCAGCGUUCCAUGUUUGGAAAUGCCUGCGUUUAUCCCUGGCAAUGAUGUCACAGUCCAACUUAAUUUCAGUUCAGUUUUCACUUUGCCGGUAGAAUUGGAAGGUGAAGGAACGGGAUUCAUUCCCGUUAUUUAGAAUGGUAAUAGCAAUACCUUCUUCUUGAAUGUGGCAAUCCUUUAGAAGUUGAAUAGUUUUAUUUAUUUACAUGUUUUGUAAAGAAUAAAGUUAUUGAAGGAAAUUUCCAAUCUUUCCACGUAUACAUAAAAUGUAUACUUUUUCAUUAAUGUAAAGUUAUCCACAUGUGACUUAGAGAAUUCCAAAGCAUGAUUCAUAAAUUAAUAUGAAACAUCAUUUAAUUAACAAAAUUACAGACUCCCUUUUUAGUACCUUGAACAUUCAAUAAACGUUUGCUUAGUUCUGAA